CAGGAAGCGGACACCUACUCCAACGUGGUGGUGGUGCAGGCGGACGAGGAACUGGUGAUGCCGGGCGACGCGGCCUUCGCCCUGCAGUGCGACUUCAGCCGCCCGCGUGACGUCACCGUCGGCGCAGAUCUCUCCGCCUCCUCCGACAGGACGGGCGCGGUGUGGUCGCGCAUCAGCCUGGUGGAGGCGGACCCCGCCGCCGACGCCCUGGGCCGGCGCCGCCGCAGCGCUCCCUCCAUCGCCAACGCCUCCGACGAGGUGCAGCUCCUGGACGUGCACCCGGCCGCCCUCGACGCCCUCGACGACGACGAAGACGAUGAAGAAGCGGCGGCGGCGGCGGCGACGCCGCGUAAGGACGAGCUCUAGGCGUUCGCAAGGGGUGUUGUCUACGGGGCGAGCGGGGAAGCAACCCUCGGCAGCAAACGGGCAGUCUCUCCGCGGUCUCUCGUCAAAAAGGAAUCACGCGAAAUGCAUACG